UUCCAUAUGUUUUGUACCAGCUGCAGUGUAAAUCGAACACACCCAUCAGCUAAGACAGUCCCCGCCCACCAAUUUCCUCGGCCCCAGGUGUGUUUACGUCAGGUGUGUGGGGGUCUGCUGCUUCGGGACGUACCUGCGGAGAAAACACCGUCUUUAGGUAACUGUGCGCUGAAUGAGCCAAGAUGGCGUCUGCUCAUCAGCUCUCUGCUUAAAGCGACACGGCUCUGUCCCCAAAAUGGCGGCGCAAGGAGGAACUUUUGGCGGUUAAGAGUCGCAUUAUGUUUUGCCAAAGUGACGACGCAAUGACCUCGAGGCCUCAACAUGAUAUUAAUGGAAGCUGCUGUGGGCCAAACAACAACAACAACAACAACAACAACGUGGUGGACGCCAUUCGCGCCAAUAUGACACCGGCAUCACGACUGACAUUUCGUCGGCGUGAUUGGAGAGAGGCUCAGCAGCCAGGGGUUAGGAUCCACGCCAAGAAUGGAAGCCGUCGACAGUGUGUGAUGGACGCUCACGCUGUGCCAAGUGUCUGCAGCAUUGCCGAACGAGGACUGUCGAUUUUGGAGUCUCGCUCGUAAGGGAUGGUUUCGUGGCCAGUAUGGACAGAAGGAAGAUUACUGCGAUCAACAACUCUCUUAAUCAACAUAUGUCAUGGUUCCAUGAGGCUGGGAUCAAAUGUAAAGACACAACACUGGAGUGAAGACGAGCGACCACCAAGGGCGGAGACGAGGCGGACCACACAACGCAGGAGGCCUGGGGAAAUCAUUAACCGCACACAAACACACACAAUAUGACUGGCUGGAUCCCACUCCACCCUCCGUACCCCUGAGACUGACAUCCAGCCCCGGCCCCAGCGCCUGCCGAUUGGCCCCCCGGACGAGGACCUCUGACAUCUCGCAGUCUCACGCCGAGCCGUUACCGCAUCAACCUCACGAGGGGGUCGACUUCCCCCUCCCCUUUCCCUUCCCCCCUCUCCCCACUUCCCCCCAAAAAAAAAAAAAAAAAAAAAAAAAAACGGGGACAGGACCCUGUCAUGUCUCGGUGACUGACCCCUCCCGACCGGCGAAUGACAAGUGUGCAUCCGAGGGUGGGGCUUGCCUCAGUCUCUCAUGAUUGGCUGCUGGAUGGAAUUAAGGUGAAUGGAACACGUUCCCAAGGAGCAGGACCCUAACCCAUCAGAGGGAGAAGAGAAACGGUGGCUCAAUGGCCCGAAAAGGAAGAGGAAGAACAGCCAAUGUUCGGUGAAGAGUAUGACUGGGUACAUCCCCAGCUACCUCGAAAAGGAUGAGCCAUGUGUGGUGUGUGGUGACAAGGCCACAGGUUACCACUACCGCUGCAUUACCUGCGAGGGCUGCAAGGGUUUCUUCCGUAGGACCAUUCAAAAGAACCUCCACCCCUCCUACUCCUGUAAGUACGAUGGCUGCUGCAUCAUCGACAAGAUUACCCGCAACCAGUGUCAGCUCUGCCGCUUCAAGAAGUGCAUCGCAGUGGGCAUGGCCAUGGACUUGGUGCUGGAUGACUCAAAGCGGGUGGCUAAACGGCGCCUGAUCGAGGAGAACAGGGAGCGACGCAAGAAGGAGGAAAUGGUGAAAACUCUCCAGAACCGUCCAGAGCCAACGGGGGACGAGUGGGAGCUGAUCCACCUGGUGACGGAGGCCCACCGACACACCAACGCUCAGGGCGCACAGUGGAAACAGAAGCGCAAAUUCCUGCCAGACAAAAUCGGCCAGUCCCCGGUCGCUCCCACGUCGGACGGAGACAAGGUGGACCUGGAGGCCUUCAGCGAGUUCACCAAGAUCAUCACUCCUGCCAUCACCCGUGUCGUCGACUUUGCCAAAAAACUGCCCAUGUUCUCCGAGCUACCUUGUGAAGACCAGAUCAUCCUGUUGAAGGGCUGCUGCAUGGAGAUCAUGUCCCUGCGAGCCGCCAUGCGCUACGACCCGGAGAGCGAGACUCUGACGCUGAGCGGGGAGAUGGCCGUGAAGUGCGAGCAGCUGAAGAACGGCGGGCUCGGCGUGGUGUCGGACGCCAUCUUCGAUCUGGGCAAGAGCCUGGCGCAGUUCAACCUGGACGACACAGAGGUGGCGCUGCUGCAGGCCGUGCUGCUGAUGAGCUCAGACCGUUCUGGCCUGACCUCCAUGGACAAGAUCGAGAAGUGCCAGGAGACCUACCUGCUGGCGUUAGAGCACUACAUCAACUACCGCAAGCACAACAUUCCCCACUUCUGGCCGAAGCUCCUGAUGAAGGUGACGGACCUGCGGAUGAUCGGGGCGUGCCACGCCAGCCGCUUCCUUCACAUGAAGGUGGAGUGCCCCAACGAACUCUUCCCGCCACUCUUCCUGGAGGUCUUCGAGGACCAGGAAGUGUGAAGUUGCCACCACGCAAAAAAAAUAAAUAAAUAAAAAAGGGAAGAGGAAAAACUGGGAGAGAUGGGAACGGCCAUCGUUUUUCUAGGGGAAGGAUGGAGGGAAAGUCCUCUCGGCAGGAAAUCUGCAUUUCUCCAACAUCACAUUUACAGUAUGUGGUUUAAAAACUGGAACCAACGAUAACAGGAACAAUACACCAGCAACAGGAGAGUCGAGCAAACAGAGGAUCUUGUUUUUUGAACACCCUCUCCUCCACCUCUUUCUCCUCCUUUUACUUACCCCUGUUUUAAAAAUCCGUGUGGGGGCCCUUCUGUCUGAGCAUGAUGUCUUAUCUAGUAAGAGUUGUAGCCAUUUGCCAAGACACGUACACGAUACACACAACACACACACACACACACACACUCAGCCACAGCCUGUUCCACCUCAGUUCUUCAGAGCAGCGCUCUUUGCAGGGGUCCAUACACCCCCUCCCAAUGUUUCCAGCACCUCUCAGUAUUAUUUCUGAGUAACUGUUAAGGCAGUAAAUCAGAGAACAUGGACAUGUUAUCACACACACACACACACACACACACAGUGAACACUGCACAUUUUUUUAAAUUUCAGCCGACGCUUUAAGCGUCACUCUGGUGUGUGAUGGCUGCAGUAAAGCAAAAGCAACCAGAUCAUUCUCAAUUCCUCGACUUCAAUCUGAGCCGUUACAGCUGUUUUUUGAAAACCGGUGCUAUAUUUAUAUAAAGCUACUCCAGUUUUAUGAAAUGUGUUGUCUACCUUUGGGGAAAAAAAACAGACCAUGGCUUCAUAUCUACCUUCAUUUGUGUCAUUGGACCGGCUCCUGUGACAUACAGUGCACACACACACACACACACACACAGAGCAGACUUGCCUUGUCAUUGCCCGUGCUGCUUGUGCCAGCAGCUCUAGCGUCUUAUGCAUGACAAUUAAGCCCUUCUCUCUCCGAGGAGUUACUGCAUUGAAAGGAAAGAAAGAAGAAGGGAGGAGGAGCGAUAGAGAGAAGAUUUAAUAGGUGGACUGUAGAUUCAGAGCCAGAGGUCAGACGUAAAUCUCCCAAGGAGGUUUUGAAUAGCAGCAACCACCAGCAAACUCCUCUAACACGCACACACACUUACAUACAUAUAUAUACAUAUAUAUAAAGAUACAUGUGUGUGUGUCUCUCUCACACACACACACACAAACAUGAAUACACACAUCACCUCAAAGUAACGUGAAUGCCUCAUUUUACUGUAUGCACUGCGCGGCAGUGUUGAAAUCUAUACAACCCUAACCUGCAGGGUUUGUGCAGAGUCCUCUCCUCACGGACUCCAGCUCAGUGUGGCCCCUCCAGGCUUCCAUACACAUUUGCCUUUUUUCUUUUCUUUAGUUUUUUUUUUUUAUUGUACCAUGGGCGUCACUGAGAGCAGGCAAAUGCCAAGAAGGCUACCAUUUACCUCAAAAGUGGACACACACACCCACCAGGCUGGGGGGCAGCAGUAAACUGCCCUCGUGGUGUCAGGCACUACCUCACCUCUAUGGACACGGGGCAGCUGCCCACAGCCUACACGCAGACAUACACCAUUCAAGUUGGCGCAUGUGUAGAUUAACACACAGAUGUGCAUAAUGUUUUUUGUUGUUUUGUUUUUUUUUUGCGUAGGUGCACACUUGUAGUCAUGGAAAAGACAAAAAAAAAAAAAAAAACACUCACGGCAUACACACACACACCCUCAGUGCUAUCACUUGGUUGAAAUGAAAUACCACUGAAGACAGGAGGGCCGACCAUCACCCCCACUGCGGGGAAUGGUACCCAUUACAUUCGGGUUAUCUCUUUUUGUUAUAUGGGACCAAGUGUCAUCUUUUUUGAAAAUUUGGAUUUGCCUGUUUUUGUCAACAACGAACGGAACAAAUCGACUCACAGAAGCGACGAAGGACAGCGAGGAUGCGCAGCCCAGCUGACGCCCAUCGAAGCGUCGCGGCGGGAGGAGAGAUACCGGAGAGUAACUGAAACCCCGUGGUGGCCACGUCCGUUGAAUUAGCAUGCACAGAAAGGGCAGUUUCCCCUCCGCGUCAUGGCGAUCUUCCACACUUAACGACGACUGCCGUUGGAUCUCGAUAGAGUGCGUUAGACGUAAAGAGGUGGAAUGUUCUCAACAGGAACGAAGCCUCUCCAGAGGCUCUUUUAAGUGUCGUGCACUUUACCAAUGCUCACCACUAUAACAGUAAAUGUCUCAGUGCAGACGUCCACGGCAGACGUCGCAGCGCACGAGCCAAAACGGCCAUUCGAGAAUGUUUCGAUUCGAUCAUUAAAAGCCCGCUCUGUUCAUUCCAAUUCUGGGGCCAAGCCAAGUCUAACUGGGUUUAAUGGCAGAAAAGAGAGAGACUAAGAAAUCUAUUUUAUAUUCAACGCCACGCAGCAGCUCAUGCUGGGCACUUGUACAGGUUGGGUUCACCUGCACCAGGAGUGACGCGUGGCAGGCGGACGGCUUCACUCCUUCUUCUUCUUCUUCUGCAGCGGGAGGAGCAACUGGAACGCAUGAGCAUCAUCACAUCACCUGUCCUACUCCAGUCCACGACGACGCCCCUUUCUGGAGCCUAGCUCUGACUGAGUUGCACCCCAUCGUCAUUAUAUCAACCCCCGCCCCACCACCACCACCACCACCCAGCCUGGCUGGUAUCGGAGUGGAGUUUUUGCACUACUGCAGCAGUCCUCCCUUCAGCCCCCCGCCCUCCCGACCUUUACUCAUCAAAGUUUAACCAACACCACCCGUCGAUGGGGGGGUUUAGUCCCCCCUCUGUUCUGUGUAAAGCAGAGCUGUUUUGGACUUUUGGCUGCUCUGUGUAACAGAGAUUUGCAGUCGCAGUGGGCUCAGUCCCAAACCUGUCCUGUUGUCAGUAUUAGACCAACAGCACACGACCCCCACGACUUAACCGACCCGACUGAGGGUGGAGAAAGAUCCCUGCGUCGUCGUCGGAGUAGCACUUAUUCAUUCUCCUUGUAGUACUCAUUGUCCCAUGAUCCUUUAGUAAAAUGACAUUUUCAAACACCCCCCUCCUCCCUUCUAUCACCACCCCCUCUCCCCCCCUUUAGACACCCCGAGUUUGGCCCAGAAUCAUUGACAAAUCAAACGGGAUACCGGCCUCUCCCUUGUCAGACAAGGCUGGCCAUAACUGCCCCUUUUAGAGCGGCAACCACCGGAUGAAUGUGAACGGCGAAGCAGCGGCGACGGGAACGAGAGACUUGCAAAGACGAAAGAAAGAAAGGAAAAGCUGAGGGCCUCGACCCCUCACUGCCAUCGAUGACAUGAGCGAGGGAGGGCGAUAUGGCCGGUUGUAGAGACGACGUUCUAAUAACAAACACUCGGAGGACGGGAAGGGAGACGGCGAUGUCUCCCCUUCAGCUCCCAACAACAACCCCAUAUGAGCCCUCGCUCCCAUGCCAGCUGACAACCCCAAAUGUUCCCCUCCUCGCCCCCUCAGCUCCCUCCAAAAAAAAAAAAGAAAAAGAAAAGGAUAAACCAACUCCAACUUCUCAUCUUGGUGAGGAUCAGAUCGAGAUCCCACAUUCCAGAGAUGCAGGUUUGGGAUUCGAACACAUCUUUGUAAAAGAACUGAGAAACAAAACAAAAAAAAAACAAACACCUCUCGAUGUCCUUUUUGUUUUUCGUGAGCUGACUGGGUAUGUGUGUGUGACAGGAGGGGUUAUAAUGCUGCUCAAACCUUCUGAGUCUGAUUUAGAUU